AUGAACAUUCCAACAAUUGAAGCUGCGUAUACUGGUUACCGUGGAAGUGCAUGGGAAUUGGCUCAUGCCACCUUCUAUGGUGAUGAAACUGCAUCAGAAACAAUGGGAGGAGCUUGUGGAUAUGGAAAUUUGUAUAAUAGUGGUUAUGGAACAGAGACAGCAGCUUUGAGUUCCACAUUGUUUCAGAAUGGAUAUGGAUGUGGAGGUUGUUAUCAGAUACGAUGUGUUCAAUCACCUCACUGUUUUAAAAACACCGUGUUCACAACCGUCACUGCUACCAACCUUUGCCCUCCCAAUUGGUCUGAAUCUUCCAAUGCUGGUGGCUGGUGCAACCCACCUAGGACACACUUUGAUAUGUCUAAGCCAGCAUUCAUGCAAAUCGCCGAUUGGCACGCCGGCAUCAUCCCAGUCAUGUACCGCCGAGUGCCUUGCAUGAGGAAAGGAGGAAUUAGAUUUCAAUUUCAAGGAAAUGGGUAUUGGUUGUUGGUGUAUGUAAUGAAUGUAGGAGGAGCAGGAGAUAUAGCAUCAAUGUGGGUGAAAGGAAGCCGCACUAGGUGGAUGAGCAUGAGCCAUAACUGGGGGGCAUCAUACCAAGCAUUUGCAUCUCUAGGUGGACAAGCUCUCUCUUUCAGGGUUGUCUGUGGCACCACAAGGCAGGUUCUUGUUGCUUUCAAUGUCGCCCCUAGUAACUGGAACACUGGAAUGACUUAUGAGGCUACAGUGAAUUUCCGUUGA